AUGGCCGCCAGCACCAUUAUCAUCGACCACGGGUCUGGCUUCCUGAAGUCUGGCCUGUCGGGGUGGAAUGAACCCCAGAUGGUCCUCCCGAGCAUCGUGAACUACAUCCCGUGCAGGGAGAAUCCUGGCCCCAGCUAUGCCCAGAGGCGCGUGAGUUUAGGCAUCGACAUUUACCGUCCUGACACCUUUAGCUACCCUAUCCAGCGUGGCCGUGUCCUCAACUGGGAGGGUGUGGAGCACAUCUGGUCAAUUGUCCUGGAUAAAUUUAGGCAGGAACAUGCAGACUCGCCUGUGAUGAUCACAGAGUCCCCUCUGAAGGAGCCUGUUUACCGACAGAAGACCCUGGAGAUUAUGUUUGAGUUACUGAAUGUCUCGUCCAUUCUCUUGGCUGACCAGAUGGAGAUGUCCUUGUACGCUUCCGGCCUCCUGACAGGCACGGUGGUAGAUUCUGGCUAUGGCCUGAGCCGCGUGCAGCCCUUCCAUCUGGGCCGCCCCUUGCAGCCCAGUGGGAAGACGCUGGAGUUUGCGGGCCAGGAUCUCUCUGGCUAUCUCUUCAAGAGCCUUUUCAAGGAAGAUUGCAAUCAACACAACCUGUUUCAGCUGGAAACGGUUGCCAGCACCCAGAUGACCAAGUGCUACGUGCCUCAGAAUUUGGGGGAGGCACUGGACUUGCGUCAGAACAUGCCAAGUGGCUCUGAUGAGAGCAACACCUAUCUGCUCCCGGAUGGCACCCCUGUGGAGCUGACCCCGUUGCAGCGGCUGGCUCCCGAGAUGUUCUUCAACCCCCAGAUGUUCGACCUGCAAGGGCCCAGCAUCACUCAGGCUGCGGUGGAUUCCAUCAGGGCCUGCGAGGCCCCCAUGCAGCCGCUGCUCGCCUCCCACAUUGUGGCCUGUGGGGGGAACACCCUCUACCCGGGCUUCACAAAGCGCCUCUACAAGGAGUUGAUCACUGAUCACUUCUUCCCCUCCAUGGCCACCAUGUGGAUGGGUUCCAACAGACACUUCAGUGUCUGGCUAGGAGCAUCUGUGGUGGCGCAUCUGUCUACUUACAAGUCUGAGUGGGUGACCAAAGCCGAGUAUGAGGAGAGCCUGAGGCUGUGA